AUGUAUUAUAACACAUUUAAAGUCCACUUUGAACCCGUUUCUUUACUGCUGGAGAGUCGAACAAGUGGGACAAGCAGUAAAGCAGACAAUUCGACGAGCAUUUUGCUUUGCAUGGAGUUGGAUACAAUUUCUCGCAGUUGUCAGACUUGCAUUAAUCAGGCGUAAUUUGAAGGGACAGAGAAAAAAAAGAUAGAAUGAAAUAAACACGAUUUUUCCAGUCAGCAUCUGCUGCGUUCUAAAUGCUUUAAUGUUUGCCUAUUUAUGUUGAUAAAUACCAAAUAAAAACACCGUACCAUUGUUUAAAAAUCUAACCCCGUCGGCUAAAAGACAAAUUGAAACGGGCAUAAUUAACAUCACCCAGAUGCCGAGAGGUGCUAUCUGUUUGACUUUCCUCCGACAUACCAUAUGGCAGGGCCUCUGCGAACUCGCUGCUUUUUUUCAUGUCAAAUACUAAGGCUAUCUUCUGAUUAUUUCAUGUUUUAAAAUUGAUGUAGUGAACCACAUAAUAACUACGCGCGAUUGUGCACUGAACUGCUCCUGAUUAUAAGUGCACGAUUUAUAAGAAUUGAACGAAAUUAACUCUUUUAGAUGGGAAUAUAUCUCAGCCUUGAGAGAGAAACGGUAAAUAGCGAAUGCGAGAUAUUGUAGAAAUUGGGAAAGUUUAUAAAGAGGAAAAUUGGAUGGACGGUUUGUUGGUUUAGUUACUUUACAUUUAUUAACUGUUGCAGUUCCUUCAGGUUCUUGUCAGAGGUGAAAGGAAGAGAAAAUAGCUUGUAGAUGCUUUUCAAUAACGAGAUAUCAAUGAGAUAUUGUCUAAAAUUACUAGGAAUCUAAGUCCACCGAAUAAUUUGGAAUAAAUUGAUGUGUUCGGAGAUUUAAACGGUUAUGACUUUUAUCUCAGAGGUAUUUCCGUGUAAUAUGCAAAGAUUACGGUGGGAGUUUUUGUUUUGCAAUUGGGGAUCAUUAAUGAUUUGCGGAAACAAAUGUCUUUCUGAUUCCAGAUGCGUGAAAUUCUAAAAUUUAUUCUAAGAUCGAGGAGAAUCUGAGGAAGAUUUUGGAGAAUCAUAUGAGUUCCAAUGCGGAACUAAGAGGGGGGGGGGAUGAGGGAGAUGGGGGGGGGGUCAGUCGUCGCUGAUAGAAUACAACGGGGUGACUGAAAAUAGAGGUUCUAUUGUUUAUGUAGUCUUAAAAACGCCGGAAAUUGACCGUUGUUAAAAUAAUAUGUUAAACAUAUUAAAAGGAAAAUUCGAAACGAGUGGUCGGUACACAUCAAGUUGUAUCGCAGAAGAAAAAAAAUACGUAAUUUUAAUAUGGAUAUUUUAUCGUGUUAUUAUAUGUUUGCAAAAGAAGCGAGACCUUUAGUUAAAUGAUUUUAGUUCAAAUUUGCAAUUAAAAUUUCUAUAUAAAUAAUUGAGACUGCAAUGAAAGGUCCUUAUUUGCCGAUCACUAAAAAGCCCAAAGUAAUAAGAAAGUAAUAAUUUCUUGAAUAUUCCAAUAUUUUAACAAUUUAAUAGGCAUGUCUUCCAUCCAGUAUUUUACUUCAAUGUAUGUAUCAAACUUCCGAUGCAUUUUGGAAAUUCAUAACCAUAUAUCGAUCAAUUUUGGCUUUUCAGCGUUUGCUUGAGAAACUUUAAAUUUAAACAAACGAAGACAACGUAAGAAAAGAAUUUAAGAUCACAACCAGCUGCCGUUCGAAUGAGACAGAGAAAUUUAAUAGGAUGGAAUAAUGAAGAAAUAUUGAGAUGGCCUUCCAAGGGUGUGAUAGUUUAGUCAAGUAACAUUUUGCACCUGUCAUGGUUCCUGUUAUAAAUUCUGAUCAGAUGCGACAAGAAGAGAAAAUAACUGCGGGAUAUUUUCAAAUAACGAAACGAAACGUCAAACAUUUUUUUUUUCAAAUUUCUUGAUAUCUACGGCCAAACGUUAAUUUUAAGCUGCCAGUUAAUUGUGUUCAGAAUAAUAACUGUUUUGAAUUUAUUUUAAGAAUGUUUUUCGCGUGGCAUGAACAUUUUGCGGGAGUUUUAUUUUUGCGGAUGGAGACAAUUCGUGCUAUGCAGGGAAAAAAAAUCAUCUCAGUCUCUAUAUGACUGACAGUUUCAUCAGCCUGAGGGUGGAUAUUCAACUGAAAGGACAGAAAGGAAGGAGGGAAGGAGAUUAAUUAUUUACAUUUUUUAUUAUCUCUUUUUUUUCUUUUUGCUUUUCAAUAUUCCAACUUCUGUAUAGAAUGUAAAAAGCUGGUAGGCGAUUAGUCGAUGGAUGUUCCGAUUAAGUCGGAAAACAAAGAAUGUGCUCUGGAUACUUGCAAUUGAUUCACUUCUGUAGAUUAUCAUUUGGCUGAAGAUAACAGACUUUCGCAAUGUUUUAUUGAACCCGAUUUUUCAGCGGGAAUGUAAUUUUGCAGAUCGACAAUUAUCCUCAAAAUCAAUGUAGGUAUACCGUUCCGGAGCAAUUUCUAUUUGUUUAUCUACAGAGAGGUUUUUUCUUUUAAUAUUAAACUAACAGUUGUCUUUAACCUUAAAAUUUUUAUCAGCUCUUAUUUAAAAUGCGUUCUUGAGUGAAAUAUAUCGACCAGAUUGACACCAAACGGGUUUAAUUGAUGUCAGGCACACCCUCUAAAUUUCAAGAAAGGUGUAUAUGUAUUGUUAUCUAAUUGUCUGGACUGACCGUUCGUUCAACCAAUUUAAAACAAGUAGGAUGUAUUGAGGAAGUUUUUAGCGUGGAUGAUAUAAAGAAAAUAAGAUUUAACUGUUUCAUGGCCAGGUGGUUGCUGUGAAGAAGUAUUAUGCCGUUUUCUCAGUAAUUCCAAAAACCGUACCCAAAAGAGGAAAACCGUUCUAAGAGCUGCACUAUGAUUUCGACGACAAACUCAACAGAGGGUGGAACACAGACUGAAGCAUAUCAAGUAUUGCUAUGCUCUCCCUCCUUGAUGGCUGGGUUACAACAAAAACAAUCGAUUGCUUUCUCAGCAGUUAACAUUUUCCUCUCCAUCACAGCAUUUCUUGGGAAUUCCUUCAUCCUUGUUGCCCUUAGCAAGGUAACUUCCCUUCAUCCACCAUCCAAACUCUUGUAUCGUUGUUUGGCAACAGCUGAUCUGUUGGUUGGUCUUAUAAGCCAGCCUCUCGCUGCAACUUAUUGGAUGUCCUUGGUUUACGAAGAAUGGAGUCUUUGUCGAUACGCAAAGGACGCAGCCUUCAUAUCAAGCUAUGCGUUAUGUGGGGUGUCUUUGUGGACGUUGACGGCCAUAAGCGUGGAUAGACUUCUCGCUCUGUUGUCGGGAAUAAGAUACAGACAAACAGUAACUUUAAAGCGCACAUGUAUCAUUACAGCUACUUUUUGGAUUUUAUCCGUCGCCGCUGGAUCAUUUUACAUUUCACAUAAUCGAAUAGUUAUUUGGUAUACUAUUAUUUUUAUACCGCCAUGCUCGGUGAUCUCAAUCGCCUCGUACACAAAGAUUUUUCGCACUCUUAGAAAUCAUCAGGCUCAAGUACAAGAUCAUGUUCAGCCGAGCCAAACAACUGCUCUGAACAUGGCAAGAUACAGGAAGGCAGCAAACAGUGCACUGUGGGUGCAGUUAGCAUUAGCUGUUUGUUAUGUACCAAAAUUUAUAACGCUGUUUAUGAACAAUUAUAGAAAAACAUAUUCUUCACAUGUAGUCGUCAUCGAUGGAAUUACAUGUAUUAUAUUAUAUUCCAACUCCACUUUGAACCCGUUUCUUUACUGCUGGAGAGUCAGAGAAGUGAGAAAAGCAGUAAAGCAGACAAUCCGACGAGCAUUUUGCUUUCCACGGAGUUAGAUAUAAUUUCACGGGAUUGUCAAACUUGUAUUAAUCAGGCGUAAUUUGAGGGGACAGAGAAAAAAAGAUAGAAUGAAACAAACAUAAUUUUUCAGCAUCUGCUGUGUUCUAGAUGCCUUAACGUUUUCCUAUUUAUGCUGAUAAAUAUUAAAUAAAAACGCCGUACCAUUGUUCAGAAAUCUAACCCCGUCGGCUUAAAGAUAAAUUGAAAAGGGCAGGACUAACAUAACCCAGAUGCCGAGAGGUGCUAUCUGUUUGACUUUCCUCCGACAUACUAUAUGGCAGUGCCUCUGUGAACUCGCUGCUUUUUUUCAUAUCAAAUGCUAAUGCUAUCUCCUGAUUAUUUCGUGUUUUAAAUUGAUGUAGUGAACCAUAUAAUAACUACGCGCUAUUGUGGACUGAACUGCUCCUGAUUAUAAGCGCACGAUUUAUAAGAAUUGAACGAAAUUAAUUCUUUUAGAUGAGAAUAUGUCUCAGCCUUGAGAGAGAAAGGGUACAUAGCGAAUGCGAGAUAUUGUAGAAGUUAGGAAAGUUUAUAAAGAUGGAAAUUUAAAUCGACGGUUUGUUGGUUUAGUUACUUUACAUUUAUUACCUGUUGCAAUUCCUUCAGGUUCUUGUCAGAAGCGAAAGGAAGAGAAACUAGCUUGUAGAUGUUUUUCAAUAACGAGAUAUCAAUGAGAUAUAGUCUGAAAUUACUAGGAAUCUAAGUCCACCAAAUAAUUUUGAAUAAAUUCAUGAUACUUGCAACUCAUUCACUUUUGUAGCUUAUAAUUUGGCAAAAGAUAACAGACUUUCGCAAUUUUUUAUUGAAUGCGAUUUUUCAGCGGGAACGUCAAUUUGCGGAUCGACAAAUAUCCUGAAAAUUAAUUCAGGUAUACCGUUCCGGGCCAAUUCUUAUUUUUGUAUCUAAAGAGAGGUUUAUCAAAAAAUAACAAACUAACAGAUGUCUUCAUCCUUGAGAGUUUUAUUACCUCUUAUUUAAAAUGCAUUCUUGAAUAAAAUUUAUCAGCCCGAGGGACACCUUUUAGGGGGUUGAUUUAUGCAAGGCAUACCCUCUAAAUUCCAAGAAAGGUUUACAUGUAUUAAUAUGUAAUAGUCUCGGUUAACAGUUCCCUCAACCAAUUUAAAACGAGUAGGAUGCACUGAGGAAGAUUUUAGAGUUGAUGACAUAAAGAAAAUUAAAAACGAAGACAAUGCAAGAGAAUAAUUUAAGAUCACAACCAGCGACCGUUCGAAUGAGACUGAGAGAAAUUAGGGAAGAUGGUUCUUUUUAUAAAUUCUGAUCAGUUGCGACAGCAAGAGAAAAUAAUUGCGGGAUAUUUUCAAAUAACGAAACGAAACGUCAUUUUCCUCAAAUUUCUUGAUAUCAAAGGUCCUAGAUUAAUUAACGAGGUCGGAAUGAUGAUUGUUUCUGAAUUUAUUCAAGACUGUUUUUCGUGUGGCGUGAACAUUUCGUGGGAGUUUUUAUUUUUGCGGAUGGAGAAAGUCUAUGCUUUGUACGAAAAAGAUUAGGUCUGUCUCUACAUGACUACUAGUUUCAUCAGUGAAACAUCAGUCGGAGGGGGGAUGCUCUACUGGCAGGAAAGAAAGGAAUGAAGGAAGGAAAUAAUUUGAGUUUUAUUAUUCCCGUUUGCCAUCUUCUCUAUAGUUUAACAAAAGCCGGUGGGCGAUUUGUCGAUAGAUGCUCCGAGUAAGUCCUAAAACAAAGAAUGUGCUCUGGAUACUUGCAAUUGAUUCCCUUUUGUAGUUUCUAAUUUGGCUGAAAAUAACAAACUUUCGCAAUGUUUUAUUCAACGCGAUUUUUCAGCUGGGAACGUAAUUUUGCGGAUCGCCAAAUAUCCUCAAAAUCAAUUUAGAUUUACCGUUCCGGGGCAUUUUUUAUAUAUUCAACUACGGAAAAGUUUGUAUGUUUUGUUUUAUUUUAUUAUUAUUAUUAUUAUUAUUAUUAUUAUUAUUAUUAUUUUUUUUUUUUUUUUUUUUUUUUUUUUAAUGUGGAACUAACGGUUGUCCUUAACCUUAAAAUUUUUACCAGCUCUCAUUUAAAAUGCGUUCUUGCAUGAAAUCUAUCGACCAGAUGGACACCAUAUGGGGUUGGGAGGUUGAUUGAUGCAAGGCACAUCCUCCAAAUUUCAAGAAAGGUCUAUAUGUAUUGUUAACUAAUUGUCUCGACUGCCAGUUCGUUCAACCAAUUUAAUAUAAGUUGGAUGCAUUUAGGAGGUUUUUAGCGUGGAUGAUAUAGAGAAAAAAUAAGAUUUCACUGUUUCUUGGCUAGGUGGUUGUUGUGAAGAAGUAUUAUCCCGUGUUCCCAGCAGUUCCGAAGAACCGUAGCGAAAGGAGGAAAACCGUUUUAAGAACUGCACCAUGAUUGCAACGACAAACUCAAAAGAGGGUGGAACACAGACUGAAACCUAUGAACUAUCGCGAUGCUCCUCCUUCUUGUUAGUUGGGUUACCACAACAAUCGAUUUGUUUCUCAAUAGUUAACAUUUUCCUCUCCAUCACAGCAUUUCUUGGGAAUUUUCUAAUUCUUGUUGCCCUCAACAAGGAAUCUUCCCUUCGUCCACCGUCCAAACUCUUGUAUCGUUGUCUGGCAACAACUGAUCUAUUGGUUGGUCUUAUUAGCCAGCCUCUCGCUGCUACUUUCUGGAUGUCCGUGGUUCACAAACACUGGAGUCUUUGUCGACACGCAAGGGACGCAGCCUUCAUAUCAACCUAUGCAUUAUGUGGAGUGUCUUUGUUUACGUUGACGGCCAUAAGCGUGGACAGACUUCUCGCUCUGUUGUUGGGAAUAAGAUACAGACAAAUAGCAACUUUAAAGCGCACAUACAUCAUUACAGCUACGUUUUGGAUCUUAUCCGUCGCCGCUGGAUCAAUUUCCAUUUCACACUCUCGAAUAAUCCGUUGGUAUAGUAUUAUAGUUAUAGCGUUAUGCUCAGUGAUCUCAAUUGCCUCGUACACAAAGAUAUUUCGCACUCUUAGACAUCAUCAGGCUCAAGUACAAGAUCAUGUUCAACAACAGCCGAGCCAAGAAACUGCUCUGAACAUGGAAAGAUACAGGAAGGCACUAAGCAGUGCACUGUGGGUGCAGUUAGCAUUGGCUGUUUGUUAUGUACCAAAAUUUAUAAUACUGGUUGUUAUCAAUCAUAGCAAAACUUAUUCUUCUCGUUUAGUCGUUAUUGACUCAAUUACAACCAUUUUAGUAUAUUUUAACUCCACUUUGAACCCGUUCCUUUACUGCUGGAGAAUCAGAGAAGUGAGAAAAGCAGUAAAGCAGACAAUCCAACAAGCACUUUGCUUUCCAUCGACUUAGAUAUAUUUUCUUGGAGUUGUCAGACCUGUAUAGAUCAGGCGUAAUUUGAAGGGAAAGAAAAAAGAAGAUAGAAUCGUACAAGCUAACAGAUAUCAAAUCAAAACACAGUACCAUUAUAUAGAAUUCUAACCGCGUUGGCAAAAAGACAAAUUGAAAGGCAGAAUUAAUAUCAGUCAGACGUCAGAGGUGCUAUUUGUUUGACUUUCCUCCUAUAUAGUGUAUGGCAGGGCCUCUGCAAACUCGCUGCUCAUUUUCUCGCCAAAUCCUAAGGCUGUCUGCUGCUCAUUCCAAGUUUUUAAAAUCGAUCUAGUAAGCCAUAUAAUAACAACGCGCUAUUGUGAUCUAAACUGCUCCUAAUUGUAGAAGUUAGGAAGUUUAUAAAGAUGAAAAUUGGAUGGACGGUUUGUUGGUUUAUUUACUUUAUAUUUUUCAACUGUUGCAGUUCUUUUGCGUCCUUGUCAGACGCGAAAGGAAGAGAAAAAACUUGUAGACGUUUUUCAAUAACGAGACAGCAAUGAGACAUUGUUUGAAAUUACUAGGAAUCUAGGUCCGCUGAAUAAUUUUGAAUAAUUCUCUAUGUUAGCUUAUUAUAACGGUUGAGACUUUUAUCUCGGAAAUAUUUGCUUGUAAUAUAUCAAGAUUGCGGGUGGAGUUUUAGUUACUCAAUUGGAGAUCAUUUAUGCUUUUCGGGAACAAAUGUCUCUCCGAUUCCAGAUGCCUGAAAUUUAAAAAUGCAUACUCUAAUGUUUGCCUAUUUAUGCUAAUAAAAACCAAAUAGAAACACAGUACAAUUGUUUAGUAUUCUAACCCCGUCGGCAAAAAAGACAGACUGAAAGGCAGAAUUAAUAUCACCCAGAUGCCAAGAGAUGCUAUCUGUUUGACUUUUCUCCGAUAUACUGCAUGGCAGGGCCUCUGCAAGCUCGCUUCUCAUUUUCUUGCCAAAUCCUACUAGGAAUGUAAAGCUAGUAAAGCUGUGAUGCUCAUUCCAUGCUUUUAAAAUUGAUCAAGUAAGCCAUAUGGUAACAACGCGCUAUUGUGGACUAAACUGCUCCUAAUAAUAAAUCGAACGAAAUGAACUCUUUUAGAUGGGAAUGUAUUUCAGCCUUGAAAGUGAAAGGGUUAAUAGCGAAUGAGAGAUAUUGUAGAAGUUAGGAAAGUCAAUAAAGAUGAAUAUUGGAUGGACAGGUCGUUGAUUAAGUUACUACAUUUUUUUCACCAGCUGCAGCUCGUUCACGUCCUUGUUAGACGCGAAAAAAAGAGCAUAUAACUUUUAGAUGUUUUUCAAUAACGAGACAUCAAUGAGAGGUUUUUUGAAAUUGCUUGGGAUCUAAGUCCACUAAAUAGCUUUAAAUAACUUUAUAUGUUCGGAAAUUAUAAUGGUUUUGACUUUUAUGUCAGAGGUAUAUCCGUGUAAUAUUCAAAGAUUGCGGUGGGAGUUUUAGUUAUGCAAUUGGAUAUAAUUUAUGCUUUGCGGAAACAAAUGUCUCUCCGAUUUGAGAUGCGUGAAAAUUUAAAAUUUUGAUCUAAGAAGUAGGAGAAUCUAGUAGAAUCUAAGGAAAAAUUUUAGGGGAUCGCAUGAUUUCCAAUACGGAACUGUGGGGGUCAGUCGUCGCUAACAGAGUACAACGGGGGGGCCAAAGAAUAACGGUUCUAUUGUUUAUGCGGUCUAAAAAAUGCGGGAAAUUGACUGUUGCGGUUUCUAAGAUGGCUUUUAUUUAAUGAUAGAUCGUUUGUCCGAAAGAAAGGUUUGAAGGACAAGAAAAAAUAAAAUAGAAUUGACAUAUAUUGAACAUUUAACAAUUGGUUCAUACGUCAGCGUGCGUUCAUCGAGAUAUGAAGCACGCGGGCACUUUGGAGAGCACGAAAGAUGCGUAAGAGUUGCUUGAGGCGUAGCCGAGAGCUAAUCUAGCUUCUUGAGUGCUCUCCAAAUUUCCCAAGUGCCUUGUAUCUCGAUGAACGCACAGCUGACGUAUGAACCAAUUGUUUUAUAACAUUGUCAACCCUGCGAAACGGGAUGACAUCGGCCGUGCCUGUUCUUUGUUUUCUUUUUCUUUUCGUUCUUUUUGGGGAGUUAAAAACUCCAUUCCCAAAGAAAAAUUAGGCCAGUAAGUAAAAUAGUAAAAUCCCAAAGUAAAAAAUCGCGGAGAAAUUUUUUUUUUUCUCGAGAGAUUUCUUUGCUGACGUAAUGUGCGUGCACAAUAGGAAUAUAAAGCACGCUUACGCAACUGAAUUUGAUUAGACAAAUUCACUAGCUAUGUUAUAAUCUAAAAGGCUAAUUCGGAACGGAUUGUCGAUAGUCAUUGCACGCAAAAAUAAGGGAAAUACGGAAUAUGUAGGACAUUUUCUCGUGUUAUUACAUGUUUGCAAAAGGAGCGAGACCUUUAGUAAAGCUUAAGUCGAGUAACUUUAAUUUUUAAACGAGAAUACAAUGUAGGUGAAGAAUUAAGGAUCAUAACCGGCUGCCGUUCGAAUGAAACUGAGAGAAAUUAGGGAGGAUGGAAUAAUGAAAAACAUUGAAACGGCUUUCUAAUGGCGUGUUAGUUUAGUUAAGAAAUAUUGUGCAUUUGUCAUGGUUCCUUUCAUAAAUUCUGCUCAGAUGCGAGAAGAAGAGAAAACAACUGAGGGAUGUCUUCAAAUAGGGAAACGAAACGUUAAAGAUUUUUUUUUUUUAAUUUCGUGACAUCUACGGCCAUGGAUUAAUUUUAAGAGCGUGUCCACGAGAGCACCAGGGAGUCGUGCUACACGCCACCUCACCGAUUUCAAUGAAACUUUGCCAGUUUAAAGGGUCUACCCCAAAACUCUAAAGACAAACUGGUUUCUGUUUUGGUUUUUUUCCUGGGGGAGAAAGACCACCCCCCGGUUUCUCUGGGUUUUCACCAAGGAAAUCGGUAAAAUUAAAAAUAGUAAAAUAGGUAAAAGGUAUGAAGCUCUCACUGUGAUGGUAUUUAACCAAUUACUCUUAGGGUUUUCACACAAUUUUUUACAUCAUAGUUAAUGUCUGCCGUGAGUAUCAGUCAAUUUGAUUUACGACUUGUCAAUCAACAGAGGCAAAUAAACGACCAUGUUUUUAGACUUUGCGAUUCAUCCAAAUAUUUGACAACUUUGAGCUCAAAUAUCUCCCCUUGCCAGAAAGCUAAAACACUAAUCUUGAAAUCCCUUUAUAAUUCAUCAUUUCGUCGCUGAAAAAAAUUUAAAAAAUCUUUUGAGCACCACCGUAUUUUUGUCUUGGAUGCCUUUUAAAAUCUGCGCCAGUGACAAGUUUCUCUCAACUACACCUGUCACACAAUUCUUGCUGAAGGCGAUCACUUGACAAAAUAUUAAAUUAUGUAGGAAUGGAAAAUUUCACGUUGAAAGAGAUGCAUGUAGGCGAAAAAUCGAUGGGAAAAUCGUAGCGUUUCUUUCUUCUGUUGUUUAUUACUUUAAAGAUUUGCUAAAAUCAGGAAAAAGGGCUUUUGUACGGCAAAAAAAAUCAUUAGUCUAUAAUUUGAUGGUUUAUCAUCAUCAUUGCUCAUUUUAGGUGAUUUUAAAGUCACAUGCUGCGUGUUGAUUGACAUUACUACAAGUACCAGUGUGCUCCAACUUCGGCUUUUACAGACGAGAAAUUCUGCGCUAAUGGAUUAAUUUUCAGCUGUCACUUAAAUGCGCUCGGAAUUAUUACUGUUUUGAAUUUAUUUCAAGACUGUUUUUCGUGUGGCAUGAACAUUUUGCGGGAGUUUAUUUUAUGCGGAUGGAGACAAUUUGUGCUUUUUAGGCAAAAAAGUAAGUCCGUCUCUACAUGACUGACAGUUUCAUCAGUGAAACAUCAGCCUGAGGGCGCAUGUUUAAUUGAAGAGACAGAAAGGAAGGAAGGAAGGAAGGAAGGAAGGAAAGAGACAAUUCAAAUUUUAUUAUUUCCUUCUUCCAUCUUCUCUAUAGUUUUACAAAGAGAAGGUAAGCAACUGGUCGGCGAUAAGUCGAUAGAUGUUUCCGGUAAGUUUGAAAACAAAGAAUGCGCUCUGGAUACUCGCAAUUGUUUCACUUUUGUAGUUUCUCAUUGAACUGAAGAUAACAGACUUUCGCAAUAUUUUUUUGAACACGAUUUUCAGUGGUAACGUCAUUUUGCGGAUCGACAAAUAUCCUCAAAAUCAAUUUACGUAUACUGUUUGGGGCCAAUUCCUAUUUUUUUUUUUUUUAGCUAUAAAGAGGUUUUUUCAAAAACAACAUAUAUUAACAAAUGUCUUCAUCCUUGAAAUUUUUUUUCAGCUCUUAUUUAAAGCGCGUUCUUGAAUGAAAUUUAUCAGCCAGUGGGACACCUUUUAAGGGGUUUAUUGAUGCAAAUCAUACCCUGAAAUUCCAAGAUAGAUGUAUGUGUAUAAAUAUCCAAUUGCCUCGACGGACAGUUCGUUCAACCAAUUCAGGACGAGUAGGAUGCAUUGAAGAAGUUUUUAGAGCUGAUAAUAUCAAGAAUUAUAGCAUUUUAUUGUUUCGUGGCUAGGUGGUUGCUGCGAAGAAGUAUUCGUCCGUGUUGCCAGCAGUUCAAAAAAAUCCAUAGCGAAAGGAGGAAAACCGUUUUAAGAGCUGCACCAUGAUUGCGACGACAAACUCAACAGAGGGUGGAUCACAGACGGAAGCACAUGAAUUAUUGCCAUGUUCCCCCACCUGGGUAGUUGGGAUUCAACAACAAUCGAUUUUUUUCUCAGCAGUUAACAUUUUCCUCUCCAUUACAGCAUUUCUUGGGAAUUUCCUAAUCCUUGCUGCCCUUAACAAGGAAUCUUACCUUCAUCCACUGUCCAAACUCUUGUAUCGUUGUCUGGCAAGAACUGAUCUUUUGGUUGGUCCAGUUACUCAGCCUCUAGCUGCUACUUAUUGGAUGUCAAGCUAUGCAUUAUGUGGGGUGUCUUUUUUGACAUUGACGGCCUUAAGCAUGGACAGACUUCUCGCUCUGUUGUUAGGAAUAAGAUACAGACAAAUAGUAACUUUAACGCGCACCUGUAUAAUUACAGCUACUUUUAGGAUUUUUUCCGUCGCCGCUGCCUCAUUUUCCUUUUUGCAUACUCGAAUAAGCUUUUGGUAUGGUAUUGUAGUCAACUUUCAUGCUCAGUAA